CCCGCCGAUUGUGGCCUCCCUGACUGCCAACAGCAAGGCUGCCCGGCAGCGGCGGGUGGAGCGCUGGCAGGCCAUAGUGCACGCGGCUGAAUCGGUGGACGAGAAGCUGCGAAUCCUCACCAAGGUGCAAUUCAAGAAGUACGUGGUUUACCCGCAGACCUUCGCCCUGAACGCCGACCGCUGGUACCAGGGCUUCACCAAGACCGUGUUCCUGUCGGGUCUGCCGCCGCCGCCUGCGGAGCCCGCGCCCGCGCCCACGCUGGACUUGGCGGCACUGCGCGCCGCCACGUGCGACUGCCUCCUGCAGGAACACUUCUACCUGCGGCGCAAGCGGCGCGCGCCCCUGUACCAGGAGAACGAGGCGAUCGCCUCACCCUUCCUGAAUCAGCUGGUGGCAUCCCUUAUGGGCCUGCUAAGUCCACACAACCCAGCCCUGGCUACCGCCACCCUUGAUUGUAAACGUCCAGUUCACUUUUACUGGUUGCGAGGUGAAGAAAUUAUUCCUGGAGGUCAUCGAAAAGGUCAUGUUGAUGCUCUGCGAUACCAAAUAAAUGAUAAGCCACACAACCAGAUUCGAAUAUCCAAGCAACUCUCAGAGUUUGUGCCAUUGGAUUAUUCUGUUCCUAUAGAGAUCCCUGUUAUGAAAUGUAAACCAGACAAACUUCCAUUAUUCAAACGGCAAUACGAAAACAACAUAUUUAUUGGCUCGAAAACAGCAGACCCAUGCUGUUAUGGUCACACCCAGUUUCAUCUGUUAUCUGACAAAUUAAAAAGAGAAAAGCUUUUGAAACAAAAUUGUGCUGACCAGAUAGAAGUUGUUUUUAGAGCUAAUGCUAUUGCCAGCCUUUUUGCUUGGACCGGAGCACAAGCUAUGUAUCAAGGGUUCUGGAGUGAAGCAGAUGUUACUCGACCCUUUGUCUCACAAGGCGUGAUCACAGAUGGAAAAUACUUUUCCUUUUUCUGCUACCAGUUAAAUACUUUGGCACUGACAGCACAAGCUGAUCAAAAUAACCCUCGUAAAAAUAUAUGUUGGGGAACACAAAGUAAACCUCUUUAUGAAACAAUAGAAGAUAACGAUGUGAAAGGUUUUAACGAUGAUGUUCUACUUCAGAUAGUUCACUUUCUACUGAAUAGACCGAAAGAAGACAAAUCACAGCUGUUGGAAAAUAAGGAAAUAAACAUUUGAUUUGAGACUUUGGGAAUAUUUAAGUUUCACUAAAGGAACAGUAAAAAGAAUUUUAAUGAUGACACUUGGCCACUGUCGGAUUUUUAAUGUACUGAUUUUUUUUUAAGACAAAUAUUUCUAAUGUUAACCUGUGAUUAGACUUCUUAUUCUGUUCAAAUUUGUCAUUGAAAGAUUUAACUUUAGAUAUAGCAUGCUAAUAUUAAAAUAAUUUUAUUGAUGCAUGAUUAACUGACAGGACUAAUUAAGCUAUCUUCAGUA